AUGAGGGCUGCGGGGCCGUGCGGGGAGUGCGGGGAGCGGGACACGGGCCGCUGCUCCGUGCGGUGCUGCCGGACCCACCGCGAGCGCUGCGCGCCGAAUCCCAGCGGGGAGCGGGACAAGGGGCAGGGACCCCCCGCGGCCCCGCCGAGCCCCGCACAUGGCCCCUGGUCCCUGGAGGACAUCCUGGGCGAGGAGGACGAGCAGGACCGAGUCCCGCUGCAGAAACUCAAGCUUUUAGGGGAGUCAGAAGAACUGAAGGGUUUGCUGCUGAACCCACACCUCCGGCAGCUGCUCCUCACCAUCGACCAGGCAAAAGACAAAAGCUCCCUCAUGAGGAGGUUCAUGCAGGAGCCCCUGUUUGUGGAGUUUGCAGAUUGCUGCCUGAGCAUUGUGGAGCCUCCCGAGAAGGAGAACAUCCUCCCCGAGUGAGCCCGUUUUCCUUUCCCUGAGGUCUUGUGCUGCAGAGCUGCUCCAUUCGGUGUCUCUCCUCGGGGUCUGGUCUUUGCACCUGGA